AUGCAUUGCCGAUACGUUCCUCCUCACUACAACCGAGAGUUGCAACGCCGGUUCAGGAGGCUUAGUCAAGGCAACAAAAGCGUGGAAGAGUACUACAAGGAGUUUGAACAUCUGCGCAAUAGACUCCAAAUCGACGAGACUAAGGAAGCUCUUAUGGCUCAAUUCCUCGAUGGUUUGCAAGACAAGAUUGUGCGAAAGGUCGAGAGACUCUCUUACGAUGGGUACGACGAGUUGUUACACUUGGCCAUUCAAGUCGAACAACAAAUCAAGAGGAAGGUCGCAAGCCUUAGUUGCACAAGCAACCAGGGACUCCCAAGCUUGUCACCCAACGUAUCCCCCUCGAACACCAAUCGAGACAAGUCCAAGUCAGGCCGGAACGAUACUCGAUUCAAAUCAAAGGAACCGGCCAAGGAAGUGCGUACUAAUCCGCGACCAGUUCCUAGCAAAGCAAGGAGCCGGGACAUUGUUUGUUUCAAGUGUCAAGGAAGAGGACACUAUGCGAGAGACUGCCCAAACCCGAGAGCCAUGAUCGUUACACCAGCCGGUGACAUCAAGUCCCAAGACAAAGACGAUGGAGAACCAGACAAUCAUGCGGGGCCGAUUGAGUUAGAAGAAGCUAUUGCUGAACCUGAAGUCGGAGAAUUGCUAAUGAUCAGGCGAAUGCUUAGCACCAGUCAAGCCUUAGACGACACCAAUCAAAGGGACAACAUUUUCCACACGUGUUGCACUGUAAGUGGGAAAGUUUGUGGCUUGAUCAUUGAUGGGGGUUCAUGCACUAAUGUUGCAAGCUCUUAUAUGGUCAAAAAAUUAUCUCUCCCGACCACAAACCAUCCCAAACCUCAUAAGCUUAAGUGGUUAAAUGACAAGGCCGUGAUCCAAGUAUCGCAACAGGUCACAGUCCCUUUCAGUGUUGGCCCAUAUAAAGACCAAGUCUUAUGUGCUGUCGUCCCUAUGCAAGCUAGCCACCUCCUUUUGGGGCGUCCAUGGCAGUUUGAUAAGAGGACGUCUCAUUGUGGCCAUACUAACCAGUAUUGGUUCGUUCAUGACAAUAAACGCAUUUUUCUAAAACCGUUAUCACCAACUCAAGUGAGUGAAAUGCAAUCUAAACUGGUUAAGGAUCCGAACUUUAAAAAAAACUUCUUGAUAAGUGCCAAUGAUGUUAGGAGAUCACUUAGUGACUCCACUUGUCAAGUGUUAUUGAUGGAGUUCAAAGAUGUUUUGACCAUAGGAAUUGUUGAAGGUCACGUACCAGGAGAGAUCAAGGCCCUUCUAAGGACGUUCCAGGAUGUGUUUCCCGAGGAGCUUCCACACAGCCUACCACCAGUACGCGGCAUCGAACACCAAAUUGAUCUUAUACUCGGAGCUCAACUACCGAACAGACCAGCGUACCGAGUCAACCCUACCGAGGCCAAGGAGUUAGAGCGACAAGUGGGCGACCUGAUGAAGCAAGGAUACGUCCGGGAAAGCCUCAGCCCAUGCGCAUUGCCUGUUUUGCUGGUUCCAAAGAAAGACGGCACAUGGAAGAUGUGCGUAGACUUCCGAACCGUGAACAACAUUACCGUCAAGUACCGGCAUCCAAUUUCUCGCCUCCACGACAUGCUUGACGAGUUGAGCGGUUCCACCAUCUUCUCCAAGAUAGACCUUAAAAGUGGCUAUCAUCAAGUGAGGAUGAAAGAGGGAGAUGAGUGGAAAACCGCAUUCAAAACCAAGCAAGUCUAUUUUGAUGACAUCCUUGUGUAUAGCCAAAGUCUAGAAGACCAUCUUAACCACCUUGAACAUGUCUUGAAAAUGCUUAGGGAAGAGAAAUUUUUUGCUAACCUUAAGAAGUGUGUGUUUGGAGCUGUUGAACUUGUGUUUUUAGGGCUCGUGGUGAGUUCGCAGGGACUUAAAGUGGACCAUGAAAAGAUCAAAGCGAUCGAGGAGUGGCCAACCCCGACCAAUGUUAGCCAAGUUUGGAGUUUCCACGGGUUAGCCAGCUUUUACCAGCGGUUCGUGAAGGAUUUCAGUACUAUAGCCGCACCACUCACGGCCGUGACCAAGAAGAAUGAGGAGUUCAAGUGA